UUUUAUUGUAUUUUGAAUCCUUUAGUAAUUGAUUUGAAUGAGUUAAAUACUGAAGUACAUGUCUCUGUUGUCUUAUCAAGCAUCAACUUUACUACAUAGUGAAAAGUUGCAACAAGCACAAUAUGUUUCCAUUCAGAAGCAUAGGCGUAAGAACAGGACAUCAAUAGGAAGGAGCUCGAUCUACAAGAUUGGGCCACCGUCAUGGAUAAAGAAACAGAUCAACACCAACACAACAUCUUGUUUUGGCAACAGCUUUCUGUGAUGCUAUUGGGCUCUGGGAACCUUGCACGAUAAUGCUCAGAACCUCAACUGAAGGUAAUGGAUCUUGGGUUGUGCGUGGUCUCCCAUGCAAAGGAAGGAGCUACCUGCUUGUGCAGGGUUGGAGGUUGUUCUGCCAGGAGAACCGUCUCAAGGAAGGAGACAUCUGCACCUUCAAUGUCAUCGAAACCACAAUGUGGGAUGUCAUCAUCACACGUCAUAAGGAAAAGAUGAAUCAGUUCUGCGAUGUCCAGCAGGGAACCCCUAAGAGCAAGAAAUACAUGUCAAGUACCGAUGCAAAAAAGAGAGUACAAGGCUCCAUGACAUAUUUGAACAAGGCUAGGACAAAAGGUGCCUUUGAGAUUGGGCCACCGGCUUGGAUAAAGGAGAUCAACACCAGCAUAAUUGAAAAUCAGCAGCUUAAUUUGUCACUGCCCUUUUGCGAGGCGAUUGGACUUCAACAACACUGCACGAUCACGCUCAAAACUUCGACCAGGAGCACCAAGUAAUGGAAAGUGUGUCUAAAUCCAUACCAGCAUUGCUGCAAGCUCGUUGGAGGCUUGAAGAGAUUCUUCCUUGAGAAUGGGAUCAAGUUGGGUCAUGUCUGCACCAUGCAAAUCAUAGAAAUCACCCUGUGGAAUGUCAUCAUCGAUCGUCGAGAAGCUGGGACCAGGUAGUACAUCAGCCCACCUGUGUGAUGGUGUCAAAUAAACAGUGCUGGAUGCUACUGUUUAUUUCAUGGAAUGUACAAAUUUAUCUGUAAAUUGGCCAGUUUGGGGGAGCUUUUAUUUUGGGGCUUGUUGGAGUAGCUGACACUGCUAGCUCUCCCCCAAACAGGACCGCAGUGCCAAGCCAAGGUGCGGCAUGCAUUACAGGAUUCAUCAUUGCCUGGUAAACUGAAUCUUUU